AUGUACACACUAACCCUUGGUGGGGAGCUGCAUCUGGCGCCCAUCAAAACUCCGCGAGAAAUCCUGGAUGUCGGGACCGGCACGGGCACCUGGGCAAUCCAGAUGGCCGAUAAGUUUCCCGAGGCCCAAGUUACUGGAACGGACCUGUCACCCAUACAGCCGGAUCUUGUGCCUUGCAACUGUGUAUUCGAGAUUGACGACGUCUCACUGGACUGGACGUGGGAAGAUAAUCAGCUUGACUACGUCCAUGUUCGCGAGAUGUUUGGCUCCAUCAAAGACUGGAAUCUAUUCUGCAGCGAAGCCUACCGAUGCGUUGCGCCUGGUGGCUACAUCGAGAUUAUGGAACACUCGACCUGGCCGACUGUCAACGACCUUUCCGUGAAAUGGGGCAAGACCUUUGAUACGUGGAAAGAGAGUAAAGCUCUGUUGGAAAGAGCUGGAUUUGUCGAUGUCGUCGAAAAACGCUUCAAGUGGCCGAUGAAUGGCUGGUCCAAUGACCCGACACUCAAACAGCUCGGCGAACUGAAUCAGAUCCGCUUGGUAGACCACAUUCAAGGGUUUACCCUGAGGUUGUUGACCGGCGCUGGGGAGUGGCCAUUACCACCGUCAGAGGCGAACACCACGGUCAAGCUGAGUCGUGGUCUUUCCGUUAUUUAA